UUUUUAUCAGUCUUAUAUAUCUACGUGCUCAUUUGUUGUAAGACCCUUCAGUUACACCAUCGACCGACGACCGACGCGACGCGUGACAAGACAAUAACGUCUCCUCUCCCAGACGCGAUUCCAAAACUAAAAUUUCCAAUUUUCUCCGUAAUCACACUUUAAAAAGACGUCACAGUGCUGCUUCGCAUAUCAAAGCCCUAAAAAUAGAACAAAAUCAACCCAAAAAAAAAAAAACUUUUUCUUAUCAAACUUACGCGUAUCUGGAAUUCCAAUAAAAAACAACAACAACACCAACAGCAACGCCACGCCAAUCCAACGACGCUGAAGAUUUCGCCGACGACGAAGAAGAAGAACGAAGUCUUUGGGUAAAGUUGACAAACACCGUCGCAAGUCGUCGUUUGCAGAAGGAAUUUUACCCGCACAAAAAGGCGCACAGUUCAAAAUAAAAUUGAUUUAAGCGGAUUUAGCUGAAGUUGACUUCCUCUUAAAGCUGCACUCUUCUUCGUCUUCAGUCCUCGCCAAGGAUAAAAUAUAUAGUAAAUUGUAUGUACGAGUAGAGCAGGGUUUUGUACCCUUUUUUUGUUCCCACUACCCAAAGGACAAGGUUCUUGAAGGCAAAUACCACUCUAUCAGCCCAGAUAACAAACGAAAAAAGUCUUAAGCAAAAUCCAAAGAGGUACAAAAUCAAAAAAAAAAAAAAUUAAGUGAAGUAUUCAAGGAUACCCUCGAAGGAUAUCAAAUAAGAAGGGAACGGAUUUUCUCGUUCGCUGGCAACUAUAUUGACAGCAAAGACUUUGUCAGUGUCAAGAGUGUCUUUCGUCUCUCUCGUCUUAUUUUGCAUUUUGCUGUUUGUGCGCCUUAUUUAGUUCCUCGUUCACCUGGAAUCUAUUAUCCUCUUAGAGAAAAAAUAGACGAAGGCAAGGGAAAACAUUAAGUGCCCCGGAAUUCAAGUGGCGGAAUAUACACGUCGCUGUGUCUAUCUUUUUUUUUUUUAUUUUUUUUAAUACAACGACGAAGACGAAUAUAACCUCUUGAGAUAACCCGGUUUGAGAAUUUCUAAUGACAUAAGUGCAAUCUUGAGGAUAUAUCUAUCUAUACGUAUAGAAUAAUGAGGAGACACGAGAAAAUGAGGCUUAUCAACAGAUGGUGUUCUUCGUUUAGCAAACUUCCAGAACUAGGUUUUGGUUUUCAAGAUCAGAUAGAACUUCUUACAAUUGCAAUUGCAAUCGGUAUUUUGGGUCAUUUGGCAUUGUUUCAAUUGGUUGAUGCAUCCAAACAAUCAACAUCAUUUUUAGGAACAGGACCCGGACCAGUUGUAGAGAAGAUGUCCUUACCACUUGGCAAUGAUAGCAAGUACGCAUUACCUAAGGGAAGAUGUCGAGGACAGGAUGUGAUAGCUAUGGUACCGGAAAAAGAUCGUGACUUAUUUGUGUUGUAUCACUUGGCAAAGGCCUUAAACUCAACAUCUAAAAAUAAAAGUAUAAUAUCACCCCAAAUAAAUAUUGGACAAGAAAUUCCAAAUAAAAUGAAAGAAAUGUUUAAGGAUAUUCCGACAUACGACACAUUCUCGGCUGAUUUAUUGAAGUGGACAAUGCAAACAUUCGAAUGGAGUCAAUACAAUGAUGUGGGCAAUAAUUUGAUGUUGAGGCGUUUGAGACGAGUCCUGUGCACAUCUAAGGGAUGGUGUUUUAGUCCAAGUGACAUUGGAAAUAUGUGUUGUCCGUUUUGAAUUAUUAUAUUUUUAUUUAUUUUUCUUGUUUUUCGUUUUGUUUUUUUGAAAUAUUGUUAUGGAAGAGAAAAAAAAAUAAAAGAUAAAUGUUUUUAGAUAGUAUUAAAGUUUAUUUUGUAUUUAAGAGAAAAUAAGAGGAAACAAAAUCCAAAAAACAGGAAACAUUUAUAAAUUUUGAUGGAAAUUAGUGGAAGAUAAAUAUGAUACUUAAGGAAGAUGACUUUGUUUAUAGCCUGAAGGAGAAUUUUUAGGGGAAGUAAGAAAAGCUGUUUUUCGUUUGUACAAAAAUAAAGUAAAUAUUUGUUUGUAAUUAAGAUAAUAUUAGGAUGAUCUUUAAGAUGCCUUUAGACUCAUAGGCAGACAGUCUCUUUCCUCUUUGGCUACACAAUUGUAUGGAUAAUGGAAACUCACAUUAUGAGAAGAACAAUAUUGACACAUUUUGAAC